GCAGGAUGCAGCCCGCAGAGAGGCGCUGCAGGAGGCGACUCUCCCCUCUCCGGCACCGACUCUGUUUGUAGCCACGUUAGCUCCGGCGUUUAGUUAGUUGUCCAGUCUUGUUGUUCGAGCCCGUCGGAGGCGUGAAGGCAGCGGAGGUCUGUCAUUGUCACGACGACACAGGCGAGCGGAGCAGCUGGCGAACCGAGCGGCUUCUCCGGUGCACAUGUUCAACCUACCUGGCCGCCCGUCUACCAGCUGACAGCUGUCACCGCACCUAGCUGCUCAGCUAGCUGGCUACGGGAGCUAACGGCUAACAAGCGUUGUGUUUUUUUCUGGCUCGUACUCUGGCCAGUUUAGGCAGCCGGCGCCGCACUCGUGUUCAGGGUGGACCGCGUCGACCUCUGCGUAAACGUUGUGUAUUCACAUUCUCUCCGCCUUUCGACUCCGCCUGCCGUCCGAACCAUGAGUUAGCCAGGGGGCGUCGGACAGCAGUGUUCGGGGUGUUUUGAGAUCCGGCUAGUUAGCUUUCAGUUAGCUUAGAGCUAGCUAGCUGCGUUCAUUCAAUUACUGGGGGAAAAAAAACUGCUGCCGCGUUCACGCCGACACCGAGGUGUCGUCCAGUCCGAGUCUUUGUCAGGACACCGACACUCGCUUGGACUCGACCGUGUCGCGGACAACAUCUAGGGGGGAAAUGAAGAAAUUUUUCGAUUCCCGUCGGGAGUUGGUGGGCACCGGGCCCGGUUCUGGAGCCGGCGGAGGAGGCGCCGGUUCCGGCGGCGGCGGCAGCUUCGUCGGACGUGUCUUCUCCAUCGGACGACACCAAGUGACCGUCGAGGAAAUCAUCGCAGAAGGAGGUUUUGCCAUAGUUUUCUUGGUGCGGACUCAUCAAGGCCUCCGAUGUGCACUAAAAAGGAUGUAUGUGAACAAUGAACAUGAUCUUCAGGUCUGCAAUCUUGAGAUACAGAUUAUGAGGGACCUGGUGGGCAACAAAAACAUAGUUGGCUUCCUGGACUCAAGCAUAACUGCAGUUGGAGCUGGCGAUGUGUGGGAAGUCCUAAUCUUAAUGGACUUCUGUCGAGGUGGGCAGGUGGUUAACCUAAUGAAUCAGAGGUUACAGACGGGCUUCACUGAACCUGAGGUGUUGCAGAUCUUUUGUGACACGUGCGAGGCAGUCGCUCGUCUUCACCAGUGCAAAACUCCCAUUGUCCAUCGAGAUCUCAAGGUGGAAAAUAUUCUUCUGCACGACCGGGGACACUAUGUGCUCUGUGACUUUGGAAGCGCCACCAACCACUUCCAAAACCCUCAAACUGAGGGAGUGCCGGUCGUGGAGGAGGAAAUCAAGAAGUACACCACUCUGUCGUACCGCGCUCCAGAGAUGGUCAACCUCUAUGGUGGAAAGGUCAUCACAACAAAGGCAGACAUUUGGGCCAUGGGUUGUCUACUCUAUAAACUGUGUUACUUCACACUUCCUUUUGGGGAGAGUCAAGUGGCUAUCUGUGACGGCAGCUUCACUAUCCCAGACAACUCCCGCUACUCCCAGGACAUGCACUGUCUCAUUAGAUACAUACUGGAACCUGACCCAGAUAAGAGACCAGACAUCUACCAAAUCUCCUACUUUGCCUUCAAACUUGCUCGACGCGAGUGUCCAGUCCCCAAUGUUAACAUUUUACCCAUUCCUGCAAAACUUCCUGAGCCUAUCAGAGCCAGUGAAGCAGUGGCCAAAAAGAGUCAAACCAAAGCCAGGCUUUCAGAUCCCAUUCCUACCAUGGAAACCUCAAUUGCACCUCGACAACGGCCUAAGGCUGGCCAGGCACAGCCCCAGCCAAUAUCAGGCAUUCUUCCCAUCCAGCCAGCUCUCACCCCACGCAAGAGACCCAGUGUGGCUGCUGGAGGGCCCCAGGCCAUAGGUGUUGGUAUCAAUGUCCCAACUCCAGGUGCAGCUGCUGUCCAACCUUCUCAACAGGCCACCUCCACACAGGCAGCAGCGCAGCCAGCUCAGGCGGCCAACAUGCAGCAACAGGCUCCACCACAGCAUCACCAGCUCCUCAUGAAGCAGCAGCAGCAGGCCUUCUUAAACCCACAGAAUAACCAGCAGCAUCACCUGGUACAGAGCCUCCAUCACCAACAACAAGCAGCGUCACAGGCGUCCACCCUGCUGCAGUGCAAAGCUAAACCUGUUUCUCCAGUUUUUGCUCUGCAACUGCAAUACCAGCAGCAGCAGCAGCAUGUAGUCCAUGAACGAGCGGCUCCGCAUCUCACACCCAUCCCUGAGUCUGCAGUUACUGGUGCUGCAGCUGAGCCAGAGACGGCUGGCCGAGGUAUUCACAAAGUUGGCUCUUUGACACCCCCCUCGUCGCCAAAGAUGGCUCCUAAAAGCGGCCACAGGCGCAUCCUCAGUGAUGUCACCCACAGUGCCGUGUUUGGGGUUCCAGUCAGCAAGUCCACUCAGCUCCUUCAGGCGGCCGCAGCUGAGGCCAGCCUCAACAAGUCCAAAUCAGCCAGCACCACUCCUUCUGGCUCGCCCUGCUCGUCCCAGCAGAGUGUUUAUCAUCCAGGUGAUGGCGAGGCCCUGUCCCCCCUCACCGCACCCAACGCUCAGCCCAGCUGGAACCCCUUUGGCGAUGAUAACUUCUCUAAGCUGACGGCAGAGGAGCUGCUCAACAAAGACUUUGCAAAGCUAGCUGAGACGGCUGCACCAGGGGAGAAGAUCACAGGCUCCGAUGAAAAUCUUAUUCCAGGGCUCAAUGCUUUUCCAGAGAAGCUGAUUGAGGGACUUAAGUCUCCUGAAACUUCUGUGCUGCUCCCUGACCUCUUAACCCUGGCUGACCCCUUCAGUAGCGCUGCAGACAUCUCCACCAAUGCAGAGGCAUGUGUGGAUUCACUGAUUCCUGGUUUGGAAGCUCCCAAGGCGCAGCGACAUUCAGCCCAACCAGAGCUCAUCCCUGCCAGCAUUCCAGACUCUCUCACUGGUGAGGAGACUCUGCUGGGUUGCGAUCUGUUAUCUCAUUUGUCUCCUCACGGACACCAGUCUGUUUCUGCUCUACCCUCCUCCUGCUCCUCUGCUCAUCCUGGAUCCUGUCUGGAGGAGCUGCCGCCUGCUCAGUCAGCUCCUGACUCUGCUUUCCUCAUGCUGUGUGGGGAGAAGGGCAAUGACGACGAGUUUGACCCUAUUCCUGUGCUCGUCUCCAAAAACUCAAAUCAAGAGCCGCAAGGGGACAGCAGUGACUACUCUGGGCUCGAGGAGGGACUAGAGACGGAACCUCCAGAAGGAGAUUCUCAAACAAACGAGGAUUGUGUGCACUCCAGUGACGAGGACGAGGAGAAAGAAGAUCGUACGGAAGAGCAGCAGGACGGGGGCGUCAUUGAGAGUCAUGUCGCAGCCCACGACUGCAGUGGCUCCAGACCUCUGCUGCAGGACUCCGAGGAUGAAGAGGAACAAGGGCCUCAGGUAGACCUCCACUCAUCGCCGCACUCCAACACAGAAGCACAACAACCAUCCGCUGCCUUGCAUCAACCUACUCCAAGCACCUUUGCUCAGAACCAUUUCCAGCAUGUGCCUGAGCCAGCGAAGGGGCAGGAUGUUGCUAGAGACGUCUUCUCCAAAGCCCCCUUUCGGAUUGCGCAGGAGGAUGCGGCUGACGUGUUUGCCAAUGCCCCGUUUCCACGCGCCCCCCUUUCAGCUCAGCAGCAGCUCGACGUAUUCUCUCAGGCUCCCUUCGGAAAAAGAAAGGAGGCUACGGGCGCUCAGCCUGCGACCUCAUACCCCCAUGCAGCUGGAGUUCAUGCUGUAACCCCCGAUCAAGGUGUGCUGGGACAAGUUGCCUCUCAGCCAUUCCGCCCUCAAGCCCUGUCCAAAUAUUCCCGACACUUUGAGGGACCUGUGUCCCAGCAGCUGGUAGCAGCUCACAGAGGGGUGUCCAACGUGAGCAAGCAGGCCGCUGUGGCAUCGGUUCCUGUUGGACCGCUUCACUCGUGGACGUCGGAGGUGAGCGCUGUAGACCCCUUUGUCUCUGCACCCUUUCACCUCAAAGCCCCGCAAGAAAAGCCCUGAACGCACCUCUCAGAGGUCAGGGCAGUGGGUAUCGGCGCCACUCACUUAUGCAAACUCUGAGGCAUUUCUGCAUGCUGUCACCAGCACUGCAGCCGGACUGCAGGCCUGCAAGGAUCUCACUCUCAACUGGCUCCAGUUAGAUCUGAUCAUCUUGAAUACUUCAUCAAAAUAAGAAUACUGACUUCCUUCCCGGACUACUAGUAAUUUUUGGAUUGAUUUUUUAUUUUAUUUUAUUUUCUGUCAUAUCCUUUUACUUGCUCCUUUUGGUACGUACAUCUACACAAAGACCAAUGGUGGUCAAGCAUUUGAUCGUUUCCUUGCCUACCUCAGUUACUUUUUGUGUCGGCGCUAAAAAUACCACAAUAGUGAGGGAGCUUGUCUUUCAGGCUUAGGCAGUUUUAUUUCCUGUUAUAUUUGAGCUUUGCUGUGAAACGGUGACGUGAUAACGCCUCAUUCCUCCAUUGUGGGGGUUCUCGGAAAGGACAGAUUAAGCUUGAAUUGCAGGUCCACAACUUCAAUGAAAGUUUGGGAUGAAAACACACGACACUAGCACUGAGUGAAACAGAUGCGCAGUCUCCCAACACUACUGUGAGGGAUUUAUCCAUGAUUGCCUCAAACAAGAAAGUUGUGCCCUCGAACUGUGCCGUCGGAGUUCACAGUUUUGUGAGCUGUGGGUUUAUGCUCGACAGUUUGUCAUGACGCAAACAUGCUGGAUAAUGAUGCACAGAUACUGUUCUAAGAUGACAUUUGUUAUGAUUACGAUUUGUUCUUUUCCUCAAUCCAAAAUGUUUGCAUUUUUUGUUGUGUAUUAUGUUUGUGGUCAUUGUCCUGUCAUAUGUAAUGAAACUGAAUUGUCAGUGUUUGUUCCAUGUAAAGUACGAACCGUAUAUAAAUGUUAGGCAUAGAACAUUCAUUAUAGAACUCCCCAUGUUAUAUAAAUGUAGAAUACUCACUAAUGUUUGUUUGUCCUAACUUAAAAAGACGAUAUCUCUGAAGUCUUACUCUCUGACAAUUCUUCCCUCCACAUCAGGACCUCAUGAAUCACUUCUUGCCUUUCAUGCCCUCCUGAAAAACUGCUGCAUUCACAUCAUUUUAUUGCACUUACAUUCAGCUCCAAUUAUACAAUCGUACAAUUGUACGACUUCCUUUAGCUGUCUGCAGUAUUUAUAUGCACCAAGAUUUUCUUUUCAACUUUGUAAUGCAUGGACAUAAAGGUGACUCACACUAAGAAACAGUCGAAGUGAAAACAACGCUUUCCUGCGGUCACACAAAUAUCUACAGCACUUAAUGCUUCGCUCUUCCAGUCAGGGAUUGUAAUAGUUGUGUCUUAUAAGUGAGAUCUUGAAUGGUGACUGUUUGAUGAAAUUCCUUUUUUUUCCAUCGCCAUUUAGAAAUACUUUGUAUUCUUCGUGCUUUGUAAAAUCAUGGAACACUCCUUGGUUCCCAAGGCACUUUUAAGAAAGGGGAUCAGAGCUGUUUCAAUCCAAAGUUGAAUUAUUUUAUUCUUCUGUUGCAAUGUAAAAUCAUGCUAUUCUCUUUUCUUUCAGAAGUGUACAAUCUUUUUUUUUUUUUUUUUUUAAAUAAAUACUCACUUUUCUCACCCAACUUAUAAACAUGAAGGUUGCACAUAAUAACUGACACAAAGUCAGGGUUCUCUACAAAUGUUUUUUUGAUUGUAACACAGCUGUAAAAGUUUAUUUUGACCAGUGUUGCAAAUCUUUGGAGGACAGCUGAUGAUACUGUGGACAGAAAAAAAAAGCACUCAAAACACUUGUUAUGCUGCACAGCCUGCCUUUGAAAACCAAGUUGUAAGUCCCAAACAAAAUAUUAAAUGAAUGUAAAUCAAA